GUGAGAGUGUAACGCUGUGUUUGUGACAGAGUGUGUGUGUGUCGGUGCCGCACCACCAUGCCAAGGUCCUUCUUGGUGAAAAAGGUGAAACUCGAUGAUUUCUCCAACGGGGCGGACAUGGAGAAUGCCUACCGGCACAGGACAGACCUCAGCCUGCGGCUCCAUGACAAAGCUGGUUACAUCAGUGACUACAUCAGCCCUGUUGUGUAUGAUGGCGAGAGCGACAGUGGCAUCAAGGUGCCCUCACCUGACCCCCUCUACGAUGGCAUCCACAGCGACUACGGAGCCCCUGACUCAGAGUCCCCUGACAGUCCUGGCUCCGAAAUCACUGACGGUUACAUUAACGGAGAUGCUGCAGUGAGUGAGGGUUACACGGUCGAUGCCUUCUUCAUCACCGACGGCCGCUCGAGGAGGAAAGCUCUCAGCAGUCCCAGGUCCAUUCAGAGGCACACCUGCAACGAGUGCGGCAAAACCUACGCCACGUCUUCCAACCUGAGCCGGCACAAACAGACACACCGCUCGCUGGACAGCAAGCUGGCAAAGAAAUGUCCAACCUGCGGGAAGGUGUACGUGUCCAUGCCCGCCAUGGCCAUGCACCUGCUCACGCACGACCUCAAGCACAAGUGUGAUGUGUGUGGGAAAGCGUUCAGUCGGCCUUGGCUUUUACAGGGCCACAUGCGCUCUCACACAGGAGAGAAGCCGUUUGGAUGCGCCCACUGUGGCAAGGCCUUCGCAGACCGCUCGAACCUGCGCGCUCACAUGCAGACCCACUCGGCCUUCAAACACUUCAAGUGCAAACGCUGCAACAAGACCUUCGCGCUCAAGAGUUACCUGAACAAGCACUACGAGUCUGCCUGUUUCAAAGGCCCCUUCUCUCCUCUAGGUCCCCUAGAUGCAUGACCCACUGCAUAGAUAAAACAAUAGACAAAACUGCAGACAUAAAUUACCAUUACCCUUACAAACUGAACUGCAGACACAAACAAUCUAUUUUUGGUCACAGUAUGACCUUGCUUUCCUUCCUCCCCUUCUCUCACAUCACCCCCACCCCCCUACCUUCGCUUUUCCUUGGAGCCUAUUCAUGAUGAUGAAGAUGAUGAAGAUAGCACAAUUUUUUCCUCCUUGAGAUUUGCCCACUUAAGGAUUUAACUGAUCUACGCAUGCACUUCCUCAGAAACUCCUCUUCCUCUGUCUGUUUGGGAUAGAGACAAUAAUAUUAACAUGGCUUC